UGCUCAUUGACAUAUCGCGCGUGCUGCUUAAAAAAAUUGUUAACAAUUUUUGUGCACUAAGACAUAAGAACAAAAAAUGGGAAACGUGCUAGCGGCAUCCUCUGGCAACAGCAGCAGUGUGGCUGCCGGUCUGAGUCUUCCCGAGCCGGUGGUUGCACCCACAAACACAUCGCCAUCGGGCGCCGCCAGUGACACUGCCGGGAAUGAUAUUUUACUGGAGAAUCCUGGCACCGUUGAUGAAUUGCACAAAAAAUGCAAAGAUAUACAGGCCGUCACCUUCGAGGGAGCCAAAAUUAUGCUGAACAAGGGCCUCAGCAAUCACUUCCAGGUCUCGCACACCAUCAACAUGAGCAGCACCGUGCCGAGCGGCUACCGCUUUGGGGCCACGUACGUUGGCACCAAGCAGUUCAGCCCCACCGAGGCAUUCCCAGUCCUCUUGGGCGACAUUGAUCCAUCCGGCAAUCUGAAUGCCAAUGUCAUUCAUCAGUUCUCGCCGCGCGUACGCUGCAAGUUCGCCUCGCAGGUCCAGGACUCGAAGAUGGUGGCCUCACAGCUGACAACUGAUUAUCGUGGCGACGACUUCACGGGCUCGCUCACCAUGGCCAAUCCGAAUAUUUUCACCAACUCUGGCGUAAUCGUUGGCCAGUACUUGCAGUCAGUUACUCCGGCCAUUGCCCUGGGCGCCGAGAUAGCCUAUCAGUAUGGGCCGAAUGUGCCCGGGCGCCAGAUUGCCCUUGUCUCAGGCAUGGGCCGCUACACGAGCGGCAACACGACGUGGUCCGGCACUCUGGGCCUGAGUGGAUUGCAUCUGUGCUUCUACCAGAAGGCCAGCGAGCAGCUGCAGAUUGGAGCCGAGGUCGAGACCAGCCUGCGCAUGCAAGAGUCAGUCGCCACUGUGGCCUACCAAAUCGAUUUGCCCAAGGCUGAUUUGGUCUUCCGAGGCUCUAUUGACACGAACUGGCACGUUUCGGGAGUGCUGGAGAAGCGUUUGCAGCCAUUGCCAUUCACGCUUUUACUCAGCGGUCGCAUGAAUCAUGUGAAGAACAACUUCAGACUGGGCUGUGGGCUGAUGAUCGGUUAACCGGUAGCUGCAUAACCCACAAUUUUAGCCACAGACCCCGCCCCCAGACAACAUUCACAUUCACACAUCCAAUCAAUUUGAGCACAUCAUUUGCCCACAGCACCACCGCCACCAACAGCACCACAAAACAGACAAUUCUUUUGGUCCAUUCGAAAAUGUAAAUUGCGGCAACUUGCCGUUUGCUUCGUUUUGUUGAAAAGAGUUGGUUAUUAGUUUCAGUUAGCUAUCUAGGAAUAGUCCACAUUUCCAAACAACAUUUUAAAGCACGCAUCCAACAAAGAAUUGUCGCUGUACAUUUUAAGUUGCUUCCUAGAAGAUGAAGGGAAAAAAAGGAGAAGAACGUACGCAUUUAUUUUGAUAAAAAGCAAACCAAGAACAACAACUAAACCACAAAAACAACACACAGAACACACACAACACAUAAACACAGAACAUCAGGAGUUUAUUUUCUUCAAAAGUUAAUAAUAAAUGCGUAUUAAAUGUAUGUUACAUUGUAAAAUUGGUAACGAAACUGCUUUAAGUUUAUAAUUUAUAAAUUAACAAUUAGUUAUAAAUAACAAAAACAAAAACUUUGUUAAACCAACAUUUACCUUUGUGGCGCGCCUAAGCAGAGACAGAGACGGAGGCGCAGAGAAAGAGAAAGGGACAGAAAGAGGGACAGAGAGCAGGAAGUAGAGUGUUCGGAUAGAAAGAGACGAAACGUUAGCGCCAAAGCGUUGUGAGGGAAAAGAGAAAAAACCAAAC